AUGUCUGGGCCGAUUGAUGCUCAUUCUCAGAAUAACAAUGUCAACCAGCUAGACGACGACAUUAUCAAGCUUCUUGCUGAGGCGGAGGAACGGCUGCGCGAUAACUCGAUCAAACCAGCUGAUGAUUCGAUCGCAGCCUUUCAAGUUCAGCACACUCUUCCUCACAUUCCAAAAAUAUCCUCGGGGUCUUCCUUGAAGCCGUACCUUCACCAUCAGAACGACCUCGCAGUGAUCGAUACCGCACGGAUAAUUGACCCGGUUCUCCGCACCAGUUCUCAGUCAGUGGCUAUUGAACGGACGGUCCCCAGAACCAUAUCUAAGAAGGAGAAGCCUACGGCAGGAAGCGACUGGUUUGACCUCCCCAAAACAGAGUUGACGCCGGAGCUGAAGAGGGACUUGCAACUUUUGCGAAUGCGUUCCAUCUUAGACCCGAAACGGCACUACAAGAAAGAAAGUGGCAAGGCGCAACCGCCAAAAUAUUCACAGGUGGGCACGAUCAUUGAAGGUCCAACCGAAUUCUUUAGUGGUCGCAUCGUAAAGCGGGAUCGCAAGAAGACCUUUGUGGAGGAGGCUUUGGCCCUGGAACAAAGCACCAAACGCUUCGAAUCCAGGUACAACGAUGUACAGGACAAGAAGAAAAGUGGCAAGAAAGCUUUCUAUAACAGCUUACGAGCUAAAAGAAAGGGCGGCAAGAGCCGACGCUGA